AUGUUUUUUUUUUGUUCAGCAAUUGAUGAAACCAAAAACUAUUUGUACAAUGAGUUAUGGAAGAUCUGUGCUGGACCUUUGUUUGAUCUUCCAAAAUAUGGAGAAAAUAUUUAUUACUUUCCUCAGGGGCAUAUAGAACAUCUCGAAGCAUAUACAAAAGAUGACUUGGGUCAAAUAAGACCAAUUUUUGAUAUUCCAUCGAAAAUUCGAUGCAAUGUUACUGAUAUUCAGCUUAAAGUGGAAAAUAAUACGGAUAACAUUUAUGCAAAAAUUACCUUGUUGCCAAAUAUAGCAGAAGGUGAAAUGCUUAUUCCUAAUGGCAAUCAAGAAAAUCAUAAUUUUGUAUAUUUUACAAAGGUUUUGAGUGCAUCUGAUGUUAGUAUGCAUGGAGGAUUUACAAUAUUUAAAAGACACGCUGUUGAAUGUCUUCCUCUACUGGAUAUGUCUCAGCCAACACCAACUCAAGAAAUAGUUGCUAAAGAUCUUCAUGGUUAUGAAUGGAGAUUUAAACAUAUCUUUAGAGGUACACCACAAAGACAUAUUUUCACAACUGGGUGGAGUGCGUUCGUGACAGCAAAAAAAUUAGUCGCUGGAGACUCUUUUGUAUUUCUUAGAGGAGAGAAUGGAGAAUCGCUAGUUGGAACUAUAAGAGCAGCUCGUAAACAAAGCAAUAUACUUUCAUCAGUAAUUUCAAAACAGUGCAUGCAUAACAGAAUAAUUGCAUCUGCACUAAAUGCCACUAAUACGAAAUGCAUGUUUGACGUGUUCUGUAAGCCAAGAUCAAGCCAAUUUGUUGUCAAUUUUAACAAAGUUAUAGAUGGAAUGAACAAUAAGUUCAACAUAGAUUCGAAAAUUAUGAUGCGGUUUGAGGGUAAAGAUUUUGCUGAAAUAAGAUGUUCUGGGACGAUUGUAAAAAUACAUGAUUUCUCCUCUUAUUGGAGAAAUUCAGAAUGGCGAAACCUAGAAGUGAAAUGGGAUAAGCCUGCAUCAAUCCCAAGACCUGAUAAGGUUUCCCCAUGGGAAAUCGAACUCCUGGCGCCUACGUCAAAUGUUACCCACUCAGCUUUACUUAAGAAUAAACGGUCACGUCCUAUUGAUGAAAUCGGGGUUAGUAUGUGGAUUCCCACCUUAACUCAAAGCCAAGAAAUUGGACAAUCAAGCGUGAACUCUCCAGAAAAUAUUUCUAAGCUUAGCUAUCGCGAUGCAACUGGUUAUUCAAAGAAUUCAUCUGAUUGGCUAAUGAGCAACUCAAUCCCUACCAUAUCUAAAUCGAAUGAAAACAACCAAAUGCUUAUGUCCAUUAACAAGAAAACAACCACCGAUACAACAUGUAGUUACAAAUUGUUUGGAGUUGAUCUGGUUCAAAUGCAAGGUGUAGCUAUAGGAAGAGCUGUGGAUUUAACUAUUCUUGAUGGAUACAAUCACUUGAUCGAUGAACUGGACAAACUAUUUGAUCUUAAAGGCGAAUUGCAUACACGCAAUCAAUGGGAAAUAGUUUUUAAAGAUGAUAAAGGAGAUAAGAUGCUUGUUGGGGACGAUCCAUGGCCGUACCGAGUUUUGCAGCAUAGUGAAGAAAAUAGUAAUAUGUUCAAAAGAAAUGGUCAAGAUCAUAAGAUUAAGGAACAAAACCUCUGA